AAGUCCCCUUCCCGUCCUUCACAGUUGACGAUUUGAACCCAAAUUGUUUCCGCACCUCGUCGCUUUCAGACUCGCCAACCACACAACGCCUCUUCAAACUUCUUCCCAAACCGGCUCUACACAGCAAUUUACCUCGGUGGUCAAACCAGAAGAAAGAAAAUGGCAUCUACAUCCGGCAACACCGACACAAAAGAGGGGAGCACCACCGAGAAAGGUGCCGCGGAAACAAACAGCACGAAUGAUAAUUCGCAAUAUCAGAUCGAGAAGGCUACUAAGCGGGAUAGCCGGCGCUACUACAUCUGCGCCUGUCAGGUCUGCAUUUGCGGAAGGUCUGUCGACUACCCCGGAGACGCUUGCGACACGUGCUCUCGCCACGCAUUCUAGCUAGGCUAGUCCAGGGCGACCACUCAAAAGCCGUAAG